UUUUACAGUGUUGUGACUUGUGUGUCUGUGUAUGUUCAUCUAAAGGAAAAUUUUUAAUAAUUGUUUUUUUGGGAUUAUAGACAACCCAAUAAAACAAUAGCAUGUCUGCAAGACCUCUUCCAAAAUGGGAAGACAAUCAGCUGUUGUUGUUUAAAGGACCAGCUUACUAUGAUCAACCAGAAGGUAAAGAUCCAAUUGGAAAAGUAUGGGGUAUAAAUAAAUAUGCAAUUGCAGCGUCAAUAGGUAUGACCAUGAUUGACAGUUUUUACGUAACACAAGCAGUAACACCACUUCAUGUUGCUCAAAAUUUUGGUUAUUGGUGCUUGCCAUUAACUGGUCUUGCAACAACAUUUUCAUGUGUCACAUAUAUAUCAACAAAUUUACGUGGUAAAGAUGACAGAAUUAAUUAUUUACUUGGUGCUAUGGCUUGUUUACCAGUACUUCAUGCUUGGAAAGGUACAACAUCAUUUACACUUUAUGGUACAGCUAUUCUCAUGGCAGCAGCAUUUUUGAAAAAAGAUUCUAAAAUAAAUGGUUGGCAAUUUUAUACACCACCAGUACGUCAACAUGCUAAUUUUCAAUUUAGUGAUAUGUCAUUGGUGAAAGAUAAUUACUGGCCAAAAAGACCAAUAUAAAUUAUUCAUUAAUAUUUUUUAAAAUCAAUUUAAUUUGAUAUUAAAGAUAACACAAUUAAAUACAAAUGUAAACAACAUUAUUACAAUGUAGUAUAUUUAUCGCAAUAAAUUACAAAGUUUAUUCAUUAAAAAUGAAAAAAACAAAA